AUGCCGGAGGUGACGGAGACAACACUGUUAGAGAAGCGGUUUGCCUACAGCAUCCCGUUCCCUCUGCCGACGGAGGACUCGCUUGCGGGGGUUCGUACACGCCACGCGCGGCUGUUGUGUGCGUCGCCCACCUCGUUGCGUCUGAGCAAGCAGAGGGACGCACUCGUGUUAAAGCAGCAGCAGCUGGCGCUCAGCAAGUGGCUGGAGUCGAUGCGAACCCGCUACGCGCAGGACAAGGAGGCGGAUGUGGCGUACUGCAAGGGGCUGCAAAUAAAGGCGGCCACGACGAAGUGA